UUGAGGCGGAAUGGAAAACUGCACAGUAACGACGAAGCAAGCGCGGAUCGUCUCCUAACGCGCUUGAGGAGAACAAAAGCUCAGCUCAGAGAGCUCGACGAUGCCCCACGGAGAUGCCGGCUGUGCCGAGAGCGAGCGGCACGAGCCUCUCGUCCUGGAAAGCGUGCCGGAAGAGGCGGGACGAAGCUGUCAGACGGCGUUGUGCCGCCGCCUCGAGAAACACUGCUCGCGCUCGCCGCGGGAGAUCAAGUCCAAGGUCCUGGGCUUCGUGCCCAUCCUGCAAUGGUUGCCGCGCUACCAGCCGAGAGACUGGCUCCUCGGGGACGUCAUGUCGGGACUCAUCGUGGGAAUCCUGUUGGUCCCGCAGUCCAUCGCCUACUCCUUAUUGGCCGGGCAGGACCCAAUCUACGGGCUGUACACCUCCUUCUUCUCCUCCAUCAUCUACACACUGCUGGGCACCUCCAGACACAUCUCCGUGGGCAUUUUCGGGGUUCUCUGCCUGCUGGUGGGGCAGGUCGUGGACCGGGAGGUGGCGUCGGCGGGGUACCUCACGGAGGGCGGCGACGGCCUGGCGGCCGUCAACGGUAGCGCGUUGGAGUCGUGCGACAGGAGCUGCUACGCGAUAACGGUGGCGGCGACGGUCACCUUCACCGCGGGGGUCUACCAGGUGCUGAUGGGCAUCUUCCAGGUGGGCUUUGUGUCCGUCUACCUGUCAGACUCGCUGCUCAGCGGCUUUGCCACCGGGGCGUCGCUAACCAUCCUCACCUCCCAAGUCAAAUACCUGCUGGGGCUGAAGAUCCAAAGGCCGCAGGGCUGGUUCACCCUCUUCAAGACCUGGUUCAGCCUGCUGGCCAACCUGGCACACGCCAACCUGUGCGACCUGAUCACCAGCCUGGUGUGCCUGCUGCUGCUGGUGCCCACCAAGGAGCUCAACAACCGCUUCAAAAACAAGUUGAAGGCUCCGAUUCCCUUCGAGCUCUUUGUGGUCAUCAUCGCGACGCUGGCGUCUCACUUCGGUCGCUUCAACGCAGACUACGGCUCGGACGUGGCGGGCGAGAUCCCGACGGGCUUCCUGCCGCCGCGGCUGCCGGCGUGGUCGCUCAUCCCCGCCGUGGCGGUGGACGCCUUCUCCAUCGCGCUGGUGGGCUUCGCCAUCACGGUUUCGCUGUCGGAGAUGUUCGCCAAGAAACACGGCUACCGGGUGGACGCCAACCAGGAGAUGUACGCCAUCGGGUUCUGCAACAUCCUGCCGUCCUUCUUCCGCUGCUUCGCCACCAGCGCCGCCCUGACCAAGACGCUGGUCAAGGAGUCGACGGGUUGCCAGACGCAGGUGUCGGGCCUCGUCAGUGCCGUGGUGCUGCUGCUGGUGCUGCUGGUCAUUGCGCCGCUCUUCUAUUCCCUUCAGAAGUGCGUGCUGGCCGUCAUCAUUGUGGUCAACCUGCGCGGCGCCCUGCGCAAGUUCGCCGAGGUCCCCCGCAUGUGGCGCGCCAACCGCGUUGACGCCGCCAUAUGGCUGAUCACCAUGGCCACCUCGGCGCUGGUCAACACGGAGCUGGGCCUCCUAGCGGGCGUCCUGGUGUCCGCCUUCUGCGUCCUGGGCCGGACGCAGCGGGCUCAGGCGCUGGAGCUGGGCCGGACGCAGGACGGGGACCACUACGAGGUUCUGUCGGCGUACCGCGGCCUCCGCUCCCACCCGGCCGUGGCCGUCUUCAGGUACCCGGCGCCAAUCUACUACGCCAACCGGAGUUUGUUUAAAAAGUCUUUGUACCGGCGCGCGGGGCUCGACCCGGUGAAGGAGAAGACGCGGCGCAUCAAGUUCGAGAAGAAGCUGAAACGGCAGAACGCCGAGCGGGAAUCGGUGUGCAAAGAGGACGGCGAGGGCGCAGCCGGCGUCACGUUGGCGCUGGAGCAGAAACCUUUACGCGGCUUAGUGCUGGACUGCGGCGCCGUCUUGUUCGUGGACAGCGCCGGUGUCGACGCACUGAAGGAAGUGCGCAAAGAUUACGGCGAGCUGGGGGUGGCGGUGGUCCUGGCUCAGUGCAGCCCGGCCGUCCUGGACGCCCUCCGACGAGGGGGGUACCUUCCGGAAAAACGGGGAGGGGACCACCGCUUGACCUUCUUCACCAUCGCAGACGCCGUCCAUCACGUGCAGCGUGCGUCUGCGCCAAACGCCGAUUAUAACGGUACGCGUUGAGAUCGAAGUGACCCGAUUUAUGUCUCGGAAAACAAGUCGUGCCUUGCUAUGCUGACGUUAGUUACUGACGGUGCCUUCCCGGGGCUGGAUUUGCACUGCGGCGUUGUGACUGUAAUGCAAUCGUUUCUGCUAGGUCGUCACGAUAAAUGCGACCUUGGACAAUUGCAAUAAACGACGAUCGAAAAGAAUGCACAAUUUGCAAUAGCGCAGAUCUGUGCCACAUUUAAAAGAGCCGCGAUUCAAAUCUGA